AUGACGGGGGAGCUCUACUCCCGCGCGUUAACCCUGAUCUUCAGCCCGUCGGAUGGUGCAUGGCUGAGCCCGAGAGCGCGAGCUCUCCUCGCCGCGGCUCAUCGGAAACUUCAUCAGGUACCGUAUAUACUACAGAUCUCGCCGGCCGCAGCCGAUCGGGGGCUACAGGUUUCUUUCUACACUGGCCACACCCUCGUCUUUAUGGCCCUGCGAGGGGCCCAUGUGCAUUACCUCGUGGUGCUGCACCGGGCGGACUGUGCGUCCCGUGCCAUGGGCCUGAUGUACCGGGCUGCGGCCGAUGUCUGCCGCUGUCCCCGGAGGGUCGUCCCGUUGGACUCGCGAACGGCCAUCUUUUCUGACAUUGGUGACGGACCGUGGGUUCCGAUGGCCGUGCAGAUGGCUGACGAUGGCGGACAGGCCGCAGACCACUCCUCGCUGCUUUUGGUGAAAGGGGAGGAUGGUGCGCUCGUAGGAGUGGUUCAGCCGGUGGUGCCCUCGGCCAGCGCGGGCAUGGACCCUGGGCCGGUUCCUGCUCGCGGGGGUGCGCCAGUGCCCGCCACGAUAUCUUUGCUGGCGUCAGAUCCUACGCCUGCGUCCCGUACACCUGCACCUGAGGCUCGAUCCACAUCCGUGCCACCGAUUCCCGCGGAGCGCUUCAUCCCCCUCAUCGAUGAUAGCCCAGAAUUACGCGUACGUGACGACGGUGCGGUCGAGCCGGGGGAGGGCCUGAGCCAGGAAAUGGUAACAUUCUAUCCUCACCCCGACCACCCUAUCGCAGAUAACUAUCUCCCCGACCACCGCACGCCGUGCUCCACCCCCGGGGCUCCGGACGAGGCGCCACCCCUUGUGGACCGACCUUUCAACUCGAGCCGUCCUGGGCUAUCGCCCAUCGCACCCGUCGCCACUACUCUUCUUCCCAGCCCCUUGGUGACGGCGAGUCAUGUGGUAGAGACCGAGGCGGAGGCUCGUCCAUCCGAUGCUGCGGACCCCCCAACAGAGGUAAGACCGGAUGCUGCUUGGCCGGCUGCGACGCACGCCACGCCCACCGAGACCACCCUGUCGGGUCGCCCGUCAGAGCAAAACGGCGGGACAGGUGGCCUCGACGAUGCUGGGUUUUCUCCGGUAAGUGUCGGCGCUUCCCCAGGCCCUGACGGUGGGCCUCUCACCGUCCGCGUCACGCUACCCGUAUCGCCCGUCGUUCCCCCCUCCCCUUUGUUCUGCUGUCCUCCCGGGGAGACCAACCAUUGUAAGGCACUGAACUCAAGAAACGUAGGUAUUCAUUGA